CACCACCAUUACCACCACGAUAAACUAACUGAACACUUAGAUUUAUUAGAAUUGAAUUACUGUACAGCAGUCUUAGCUUGAGUUUGCGGGUGUGAAAUGGUUAACUUCAUUGCGUGCGGGUGUGAACUGUGCACAGAGCUAGCUCGUCGGCUAACAGCAGUUGCUUCACCAUCACGGAAACAUUAGCCAACGUUAAAGAUGUGGAAAUUAAAGCAGGUCCCGGCUCUUCUCCAAUCCAAACCGGUAUGUCGGAUGAGGAUUCCCGUGCCAGCACAAGCUCUUCCUCAUCGCCGCCUUCCUCCAGCCAAACCAGACAGAGAGACACGCUUUGCAAAAAGAAACGGGAGAGCAAAGUCAGCAUGAGCAAGACCUCCAAGCUGCUUUCUACCAGCGCCAAAAGGAUUCAGAAAGAGCUGGCCGAUAUCACACUGGACCCUCCGCCAAACUGCAGUGCUGGCCCAAAAGGAGACAACAUCUAUGAGUGGAGGUCGACCAUCCUGGGACCGCCAGGCUCCGUGUACGAGGGAGGCGUCUUCUUCCUGGACAUCGCCUUCACGCCCGACUACCCAUUCAAACCCCCCAAGGUAACUUUUCGUACAAGGAUCUAUCACUGCAACAUCAACAGUCAGGGGGUGAUCUGUCUGGACAUCCUGAAGGACAAUUGGAGCCCCGCGCUUACCAUCUCUAAGGUGCUGCUGUCCAUCUGCUCCCUGCUCACAGACUGUAACCCAGCCGAUCCCCUGGUGGGAAGCAUCGCCACCCAGUACACAACUAACAGAGCGGAACAUGACCGAACAGCCAAACAGUGGACAAAGCGAUACGCCACAUAAACCCACAGAGGACGACAGUGGGAGGAGGGGUGGGGGGUUCUGGGUGGUUUGUGUUGGGGGGGUUAUUUGUAUCUCAGAUUUUUAGUACUUUAUUGUCUGGUAUAUUUUUUGCUUCCUGAUUAAGUUAUCUCCACAAAUAUGAUAAUAAAGGAACGUAAUGUAAA